CUCACUCGGCGUGCCACGUGCUCGCCACGUUCAAACGGCGGCGCAUUAAACCGGCAGCGCCGCACGGCCACACGCAACUCAACCCGAUGCGGUGGGCUUCCUUCUCCUCUUCCCCAAGAUAUCUGUUAAUCUCUACAAGAACACCGUUUUCGAUUCCAACUCUUCUUCAUUCUUUCGUUCGUUCGUUCAUUCGUUCAUUAAUCAAACCUUCCUCUUGGUUUCCCCCAAUGACUCUUGCUAUACUAUAGAUUCAACUUCUCUUCCUUCUCUGUAUUUCUCCUUCAUCUUUUGCUCUUUUGUCUUUGUUUUUUAUCUGUAAUACAUCCUUGAUACGCGUUUAAAUUUGUUGUUCGCUCUUCUUUCCAUGGUAGCGCAGGGGGGGUUGUUCUUGAAGAAUUCUGGGUCGGUUUAGUAUUUCUUGAUUCGUAACCAUCGUUGUGUAUGUACUUUUUUCUUCGUUUCCUGGGGAUUGUUUUCAUAGAUUUCCUUUUCAAUCUUCGAAGGGUAAGAAAUAAUUAAUAAAUCGAGUUCGAUUUGGAAUCGUCAUACGGGGCUAAUUGGUGUUGAAUUCUGUCUUUUCAUCGAACAUAUCUCCCUCCUCUUCGGGAGAUAGAGCUGAUCCCUUCUACUUUUAGAAUCGUUAGGUCGUUCGUCCCAUUAGCUUUUCUUCAUCUAUUCUGAUAUCUUCCUGGGAAUUUCGCUAUUAUGGCCGAAAACGGGCAGCGAUAUCUGUCGGCAUCAAUUCCCAUGGGAAUUGCCGAAGGAAUUAGGCAUGGGUGUAGGGUUUUAGAUACUACUAAUACAGUCACAGACGAAUUAGAUGAACAAAUGAAGCAUGGGGGCAUCCAAGAUUCGUCCUCGGACAUUGACGAUGAUGAAGAUCCUUCAGUUUCUGAUUGCGGAAGUGUUACGAGCGGUGCAAAUAGUGAACUAUUUCAACAUUUCGUUGAUGGGAUGGUUAGACUGGAUGAAGGGAAUAGACUUCACGACAUAAUCAAACGGAGAUUCAUCUCGGGCUUGGGUUCUCUCACAGAACGUACCACGGUUGUUGCCAUCCAUAGAAAUUCAAAUUCUUGCUUUACAGGACGAGCCCGGCUACAAUCGUUUCAAGGUUUCUCGCGAGCGCUGGAAAGGAAGUGCGGAGGAAAUGCCAACGUCAAGCUCGCUUGGUAUGCGACGUCUAGAGAUGCAAUCAGUAGCAUCAUUUCUCAUGGUUUUGGUUAUUCCCAAGAACGCGAUAACAGCGGUUUAUAUGGCCGCGGCAUCUAUCUCUGUCCCAUUGAUUCGUCCAUCGAAAGUGUGAAAUUCUCGAGCGUUGAUGAAACUGGUCUGAGGCAUCUGUUGCUCUGUCGCGUUCUUUUGGGGAAGAUUGAGCUUGUGCAUCCUGGCUCCGAACAGUGCCAUCCAAGUUCUGAAGAAUUUGAUUCGGGUGUGGACAAUCUCGUGGCUCCCAAGAAGUAUAUUGUGUGGAGUACCCACAUGAAUACUCAUAUCUUGCCAGAAUAUGUUGUUAGUUUCAGAGCUCCUCCUAGCUUGGAAGGUUUUCUGGCAUGUCCCAUGAGGAGGCCAACUUCACCUUGGAUUCCAUUCCCAGCCCUAAUUUCUGCACUUUCCAAGAUUUUACCUUCACAUUGCGUUGGUUUAAUCACCAAGUAUCACAGCUAUAAUAGAGAAAAUAAGAUCUCUCGGCAUGAGCUGAUACAACGAGUGAGGCAAAUAGCAGGAGACAAGUUGUUAACUGCAGUUAUCAGGGCUUACAGAGCCAAGAAAUCUAAAGCACCAACCAUCUUUCAGCCAGCAAUGGUUCAGAAUUAGCAUAAAUGGAGUAAAUAAUACUCAGAAGCAUCCACAAAUGAAUCUUUCUCAGAUAAGGAGUACAGGGAGAUCGCAAGAUGCCAUGAGGAAGAAGAGAGGAGAGUUCUUUCAGCUAAUUCAUACUAAAACAGAUGCCUGGAGCUUAGAGAUCCCGCAGAUGACUGCUUUUGGACUUGCUUGUUAGCACAUGUUUUGGCUAUCUACUAGUUGUUAGUUAGCUAGUUCCUUACUAGUCAGUAGUAAUAAUAGUAGCAGCAGUUAUAUUAGCCAGCAGUAGUAACUAGUAGUUAGAGGAGCUGCAGCAGAAGCAGAAGCAGCAGGGUGGCAUUGUAGUUAGUUUUCUGUGCAGUAUGCCAUUGUAGUCGGGCAGGUGUUAUCAUAGUGAAAAAAUUGUAUUGUCACGUUGAUCACAAAUCAAAAAUACCAUCUAUAUUGAUUGAGAA